CCCCGCGCGGCGCGGCGCGAUGCGGGGCGGGCUGGGCGCGCUGCCGCUGGUGCUGGCGCUGGCGGGGGCCUCGAGCUUCGUGCUGCUGGCCGUGGCCAUGGCGACAGACUUCUGGUACAUCAUCGACGCCUCCCGCCUGGAGGCGGCCGGCAACGGCACGGCGGCGCUCAGCUCCCACUCGGGGCUCUGGCGGACCUGCCGGCUUAGGAACAAAUGCUACCCUUUGAUCAACCCCUUCUGGCAUGGGAAUGCAAACAUCACCGACUCACACAGACAGCUUUUAUACAUGCAUGGGACGUUUGUCAUCCUGAUGCCCCUCAGCCUGAUAUUGAUGAUUUUUGGAGGAAUGACUGGAUUCAUCAGUAUUCUUGCCAGGGCCUACCUACUGCUUCUAAUGACGGGUCUGCUUUUUCUUUUUGGAGCUCUUGUUACGCUUACAGGGAUCUGUGUCUACAUUGCAUAUUCAGCUGCUGCCUUUGAAGAAGCUGUCUGCCUCCUGAGGAGUAAGGAUGUCCUGGUAGAAAUCGACAUCAGGUUUGGCUGGUCUCUGGCCCUAGUAUGGAUCUCGUUUGUCGCAGAAGUGCUCACUGGGGCUGUGUUUCUCCUGGCAGCGAGAGUCGUGGGCCUGAAACGGCGGUGUGAACAGGCGCUUUGAACAGCAGAUCUAUUCUACAGUUUAUAUGAUGCUUUUGAAGUACCUGUGUCACAUGUGGUAGGUAUUUAUAAGAUACUUACGCAGCUACAAUAUACAGUACUCAAGUGAUCAAACCUAAUUAGAAAGCCAGUGAAUCUGUUAUUGAAUUAGAGCAAUUCACAUUUCCAUGGCUUUCCUGAAUUUCUCAUUCUGACUUCCUGCAAUAUCUGGCACAAUGGUA